AUGACUGAAUGCGAUGGGAUGGAAGGAUACAGUCGAAAGAGGGCCAGCAAAGCCCAGGAGCCGCCACGCGCUUGGUUGAUCAUGGGCGGGUCGCUGACAGCCAGAGAAACAACCAUGACUGCGAAGAAGAGUGCCGUGGUCGGUUCUUUGCUCGCUGUGAUCGUGGUUGCUGCAUUGAUCCUCAACGAGAGUGCUGAAAAGAGCGUCCUGUACACUGCUCCGCAUUCGGAAGUAGCUCCUUUCCAGCGCGACCUGGAUGGAAUUCGGACGAUGACGAACCAGCGCAAGACAAACUCUGCGGCUCUGACGAUCCCCGCGUUCAACGGUGAGGAUUACUUCGACGACAAGCCCAUCGGCUGCUGCCAUACCAAGGAAGAGCAGGAGGUUUGGUCCAAGUGGAUUGCCCUCCGGAACCGGGUGGCCCGGCUGGAAGGCACGGUCAGGCACCUUCAGAACUUGAAGCGAACUGUAACUAUCCAGCAACGGUUGAGUGCCUCCCUCAAAGGAGCGCCGGGGCCUCGCGGACCGCAAGGGCCUGAAGGGCCUGUGGGGCCAGAAGGAGGCAUGGGGCCCAAGGGAUUUCCCGGGCCGGAAGGGCCGCGAGGGCCCGACGGGAUUGAAGGCCCCGAGGGACCUCGUGGACUCCCCGGUCGCAAUCGCUGCCCAUCCGGCGUCCCCACCAGCUACCUCCGCCUGACUGAGUGCACUGGAGGAUCAUGUCUGGUGCAAGUGAAGCACAUGGACCAGUGGGGCAGCAUCUGUGCUGACGGAAUGUCUCAAACGACUGCGAGCAUUGUGUGCAAGGAGCUCGGCUUCAACAAGAUGGAGUCAUACCAGCGUCGAAGUGGCAGCGUUGACAAGAUCUGGAUGACUAACGUAGCUUGUAACGGUGACGAGCAAUCGAUCACCACGUGCUAUGCCAAGUGGAAUAAGGACUCCUGCAGCAACAGCGGAGAAUUGGGUGUCUGUUGUGAUGGCGAGCCUGUUCGCUCGGCUGCUACCCGCCAGUGUCCUACGGGUUCAUAUCUCCCCUUUGCCACCGACGGCAAAGCUUGCUACUCGAACAAGUACUCGGCGAGGUCAUUCCAGGAGGCGCAAGAGACUUGCAAGCUGUGGGGAGGAGAGUUGUUCAGCUAUGAGGACAGGUCGGAGCUCGACCUUGGCAGGACGAUCAUGGGCGAUGACGAACCAUUUUGGAUUAAUAUGAGAAAAGUAAGAGGAUCCUGGUUGUUCCUGGACGGCGAAAAGCCCAACUAUGCUCUGCAACGAUGGAAGCCAGGACAUCCUUCCAGCUCAGCGUCAACGGACAAGUUCUGUGCGGCUCAGACCAAGUAUUACAGUUCGAACUUGUACAUUCGAGACGAAAAGUGUACGGACAACUUUCCUUUUCUCUGCAAGAAGUUUAUGCCCGACCACGCGCCUGUCAAGGUUGUGAUUCCUCCGCCCUCGACGGUUCAGGAUAUGAGAGAGGAGGGUCAGAUCCCUCCUGCAUGCCCGUCAGUCGGAAACAUGGCGGUGUUCUACUCUGGCAAUGACUUCACUGGAGACAAGGCAAUGCUGAUCGCAGGAGAAUACCCCAAGUUGAACGAAGACCUUUGCGACAACGACAAGGCCCUGUGUGAAGUUAAGCCAUGCAACCUGAAGAAGGGCACUGUUGACUCCCUUAGCAUCCCCGAAGGACUGGCCGUGAAGAUGUUCUCUAAUGAAGACUACAAGGGCUCUUCCAUCUACUUCUACGGUCCUAAUGAGAUCCCAAAGCUCAGCAAGUACAGCUGGUCCAACAAGAUGGACUCUGUCCAGGUCAUCACUGUCCCGCCCUCCAAGUGGACUGUCCGGGCGUACUCCUCUGACAGCAAAUUGGUUCAUUUGGAAUCUCCUUCCAUGCUAUCUUCCGUCGGUCAGUAUGUAGUCCCCUUCAUCAACUUCGCCAACUUUGAUGCCAUGAAAUCGAGGAUGCCCGGCUUACCCAACAACAACUUCCUCCUGCAAUGCUUUGGGGAAGUGAACAUCGAGAAUGAGGGCGAGUAUGGUUUUUGCACCACAUCAGCUCAGGGCUCGUACCUCUACAUCGAUGGCAAGACGGUUGUCAACAACGACGGUGAUCACAACGAGCAGGAGAAGUGUUCUCUGGUCAAGCUCACCAAGGGCAGCCAUCAGGUCAAGGUGGUCUACUUCCACUCCAACAGUUAUUCGGUGACGUUCAAGGCCCAAUAUUACGGUGUGGACACUGGGGAUGAAAAGCUCGCGAUCCCUUCCUCCAACCCCGCGGCCCCCGCACCCCCGACGAUGUCGCAGUGGACGAUGCAGGUGUACACGCAGAACGUCGACAUCAACGGCGAGCCGCGCAAGAAGGUGAUGAACAUGGUCGGCAGCGCCGUGGUGAAGGCCAUCGAUUUCAACUCUCAGACCGAGAUCAAGAACGCACUGCCCUCAAACACCAAAAUCCCUUCCGACAAGAUGGCUGUCUACUUUUACGGCAACCUCCAGGUUGUCAGAGAAGGCGACUACAACUUCUGCCUCGAGUCCCACAACAUCGUCUACCUGUACAUCGACGACAAAGAUGCCGUGACCCUGGGUGAUCACGCCGGCAAGCAAGAGAGCUGUGGCAUCGUCAGGCUUGGGGCGGGAGCUCACAACGUGAAGGUGGUGCUGGUAACAGACAGCAGCACUGUCUCCAUCCUCGUCACCUUCAGCGGUCCUGACACCGGCAUGCUGAAGAUGAGGCUUCGCAGUGACAGCCCGGUUACUCCUGAGGACUCGACUCAGUCUGUAUGGCUCAUCAGGGAGUGGCAGUGCCGCUCCACGAUGCUCAGCGACGAAGACAGCAUGAAGAACGACAAGCUGACCUACCUCGGGGAGGGGCAUGCGCCUGCUCUGGACUUCAAGAAGGACGAGGACCUGAAGCACUUCUUCUCCAGCUACAGCAGCACCAACGCCGUUUUCCGCUUCUACGGGAAGCACACGAUCAAGCAGGCGGGUAACUACAACCUGUGCCUGACCAACGACUACAACGGCUUCUUGUACGUCAACGACAAGCUAGAGAUCAGUAGCACGGGGGGAUGGACGGCAAGAGAGAAAUGCUCCUCGGUGUACCUGGCGGCAGGGGAGCAGAAGCUGCAGGUCCGGUGGUGGUUCAACGGUGGGGGGGAUACGUUAAUCCUUGAGUACUCCGGGCCCGACACGCUCGGGAACAGGUGGCUCAUGGGCUCGGCAGACGCUGGCAACCCUCCGAUGCCCUAG